CAGCCUCCAACACAACUCGUGCAAUGGCGCGCGCAUCUGCAAUGGAACUGUUCGGCUUCGUGCAAAGUGGGGCGUCUCGACUUCAACACACUGUGAACCAACACCUCCACCUGCUAUCCGCCGCCUCACCUGCCACAGGUCACCUCCACGCUCUAUCGAUCGACGGGGUCGCUCUGCUGAUCGUGUCAUUCUUGGAUGGCGAGUCGCUCUCUCGUGUUCAAGGCGUCAACACUGCAUGGAGAAGCUUCAUCCAGCAGUACAAGGGGCCUCUUUAUCGAUCUUUGGUCGAGGAACGCCGGGUCUUCCAUACGGUCAUCACGUCCACGUCGGUGUUCAAGUCGUACCUCUUCUCACUGCGGCACGAGUUUGACCGAGAACUCGCCCACACACACGCUGUGCACCCGACACACCACGCGCUGGAGCAGUACUGCGCCUCGACCGAGAACCACGGGUUUGUGGCCAUGUUCUGCGAUAUUAUCGAGUUCCGCGACCCAAGAAUCGCUCGGUUCGUCGCUUGGAAGCGUCAGAGUGCGCUCAGUAUGGUGCUGGCGGCGACACCAGACCAUGUCAUGAACUUCCGGAAGCGUUCCAGCUACGUGGGGCCGAUCACGUUCGUGCCGGUGGAUAACCCGCUCUGGCCGGUGUUCACGUCUUCAUCAGUCGAUGCUCCGGGGUUCAUGGGCUACGCAUUCGACCACGUGAUCAUGGUGAAAGGCUACGAAGCUCUCAAAGACACGGUCGUCAAGUCCAUCCUGAAAGAGCUCAUGAUCUUCGACACGACUGAGAACGCAGCAGCAUACGGACGCAGCGUCGGUCGAGCACCCUACGCCGCGAUUCUUGAGGACGAAGACGCCCAGGUGCAGGUCGGCCAGGCGGAGAGGAUCAGCCACCUGACGUUCUCGUCUCCACUGCGCCGACAGCUCAGUAAAUACCCCGUCGCCGAGCGUAUCCGUCGUAUGCGGGACAAGAUCAAGGCCGUUGACGACUGCAUCGCCGCGACUCCAAACAACACGAGCUGCAGCUCGACCCCAGCUUAG